AUGGCUACAGUAGCAGAAUUUGGGUCUUGGAAAUCAACGAUCACCCCGGAAGUCUUUUCUCAAGGAAACGCGAAAGCGAUCUGCCAAUUGCAAGCGAACAGCGAUGGCGUUUACUGGGUCGAGCAAAAUAUUUUGACUGGAAAACGUGAACUAUUUCAACGACACUACGAACCCUUCGAUCACGGAAAGGACAUUCCUCUAGCUCAAGGGUACAGUGUUCAAAACUCUGUUCACGAGUACGGCGGCGGUGCAUUGACAUUGCACUCGAAUGGAACCGUCUUUUUCACCACCAAUGACGGAGUUUUUCGACUCAACGCAAAUGGAGAUGUUGAUCAAAUUAUCGAUGGACAAAAUAAAACCUUCCGCUUUGCUGAUCUCAGCGCUCAUUCGAAAUUCCUGUACGCCGUUUGUGAGGAUCACUCAGGCGGACAUUUACCCGAAAAUUACAUCGUUCAGAUCGAUGUCCAAGAGAAAACGUUUCGCCAAGUGGUGAAAGGUUGCGACUUUUAUGCCUCUCCGCGCGUGAAUCGCGAGGGAAAUCAUCUAGUUUGGAUGCAAUGGAAUCAUAUUAACAUGCCUUGGGAUGAAACGAUGAUUGGAAUCGCCACCAUCAACAACGAGGGAAAUCUCGAAAACGAACGAGUUCUGCUAGACGGAACUGGGCAAAAGAUCAAUUACUACUGCCCUGCGUGGUCACCAAAUGGAGAAUUACUGGCAGUGAGUGAUCGAACGAAUUUCUGGAAUGUUUACCGUGUGGCCCUUAAUAAAACCGAUGCAAAUGGACAAGCCUCGUUGCAUAAUAUCUUUCCAAUCGAUGCCGAGAUCGGAUAUCCACAUUGGCAAUUCGCGAAUGCACCUUUUUCCACGAAUGGACGAAAUACGCUCUUCAAUGUGAAUGGUGAACUCAAAUUCCGCUCGAACGAUCUAGUCUUGUCAAUCGAUCUCCCAGACUUCACUGAUUUCUCACAUCUUGAUUUAACCGAAAACGACGUUGCUUACUGUAUCGCUUCUGGACCAAAGCGAGCCUCAAGUCUGUUGAAGAUCGAACUGAAUGAUGAGAAUUAUCAUUGCUCGAUUUUGCGUGAGGCAAGAGAUGCAGAUGAGAUCGAAGAUUUUCCAAUCUCGAUUCCCGAGAAAAUCUCUUUCAAAAGCGAUGACGUCACCGUGUCUGGAUGGUUUUACGCACCAAAGAAUGAUGAGUACAGCGGCUUGCCUGGAACCCUCCCACCAGUGAUUCUUAUGGGACACGGAGGACCCACAGCACCGGCUACGAAUGCGCUUGAUUUCAAAAAGCAGUUCUUCACUUCUCGCGGAUUUGCUGUUUUUGAUGUCAACUAUCGAGGCUCAACGGGAUUCGGAACCGAGUUUCGUCGCAAAUUGUAUGGAAAAUGGGGAAUUGUUGAUCGUGAUGAUAUGAUUGCCGGUGCACAAAUGUUAAUCGAAAGGGGUCUCGUCGAUGCAAAACGAGUGGCCAUUAUGGGAAGCUCGGCCGGUGGAUAUCUUCUUCUUUCUUGUUUGAUUCACGAGCCAAAUGUAUUCGCGGCCGCUGUUUCGACUUAUGGAGUCGCUGAUUUGGAGGGACUAGUCAAGGAUUCCCACAAAUUCGAACUCGGUUACAAUGAAGUGUGCAUCGCUAAAUAUCCGGAUGAGAUCAACAUCUACCACGAGCGGUCUCCAAUUCGCCAUGUGGAGAGGUUGAAUACACCAGCCGCAUUUUUCCACGGAACGGACGAUGUCGUUGUCCCCGCAUCGCAAUCAAUCCAAAUGUUCGAAGCUUUACGGGAAAAAGGACUUCCAACUGCCCUGAAGCUGUUCCCAGGUGAGGGGCAUGGCUUCCGCAAUGCCAAUGUCGUCAAAGAGGCCAACGAGGGAGCCUAUUACUUUUUCUGCAAAGUGAUGGGCAUUGAGCCGAGUGUGCAAUCUGAUCUCGAAAUCGUCAACCUUGCCAAUCAAGCUGUCAAUAAUGGUAGGAAUAAAAUU